CCCAUACCCAUGGUUGCCGAUUUGAGGCAAAAGAGCUCUGCAGUCUGCACACCCAUUUGCUGCCCUGAACCACCCCAUCCGCCUCCCCUGCUUCCUCCUCCUUCCUCCCGCAUUCCCCUUCCCCUCCUCUGCGCCGGCAACACGAUGGUUCGCACUCGCGGCGGCAAGGAGAACUGGGUGUUGCCGCCGGACGCUGUGCAGCUCAAGGAGGAAGACGGGGAGACCGCAGCGACGGUGAUGGUGGCCACCGCCGCCGCCGCCGCCGCCCCGAGAGUGGAGAUCGUCGUCGACUUCGACAAGUCCCUGCUGGACUGCCCCCUCUGCUCCUUGCCGCUCAAACCUCCCGUCUUCCAGUGCCCGGCGAAGCACGCGGCGUGCGGCCCCUGCGCCGCGAACCAGGCCAACCAGUGCCCGGCGUGCGACGGCGCGUACGAGCGCGACGAGGGCGCGGACCGCUACCUCCUGGCGGUCAGGGUGCCCUGCCCCAACCAGGCGUACGGCUGCGGGAGCUCCGUGGUGUACUGCAUGGCGGGCGACCACCGGCUGGUGUGCCCGCACGCGCCGUGCCGCUGCCCGGAGGCCGGAUGCGGCUUCCUCGGCGCGCCGCCCGCUCUCCGCCUCCACCUCGCCGAGCGCCACGCCUGGCCCGUGACCGACAUCGCGUACGGCUCCGUGCUCGAGAUCCAGAUGCAGGGGCGGCGGCUGCUGUCCGCGGAGGGCGGGUUGCGGCUGUUCCUGCUCGUGGCGAGCGAGCGCGGCGUCAAGGUGGUGCGCGUGAGCGCGGCCGUGGACGAGGACGGCCCAUCGGCGUCAUGGUACAGGUGCAAGGUGUGGGUGCACGCGCCCGUGGACACGGACACCGGCCACAUGGACGUCCUCAUGCUGGACGCCAAGGUGGAGAGCUGUGCGGUGCCCUCCGAGGAGGCGGCCAUGAGCGCGGGUGGCAGGUACCUGCCGGUGCCGUCCGACGUGCCGGCGCCGGAUGGAGGAGGGAUCGUCCUGCGUCUCCGCAUCGACAAGCAGGUCACGGCGAGCAGGAGCCCCCGUUCCCGUGCCUGAUUACUUACUUGGUCACCUUCGUCUCUUUAUUAUCUAUCUAUACUCGCCUUAACCUGGAGUACUAUAUAUACUGUAUUUACCAUGGUUAGACAUUGGCGAUUUGGUAGAAUGGCAGUGAACUGGUGUGGUAGUGAUCCAAGGUUGGACCUUGGUUGGGCUCUGAUUGAUUCUGUCCAUGGCAAUGUUUGCCAAUGUAUCGCGUAGGCCAUAUAUGCGGCUGAUGACAGAUAAACUAGUAAUCCUACUUGGCCUGUUCUCGUC